AUGGGAGACUCCGAUGAUGAGUAUGAUAGAAAACGGCGAGAUAAAUUCAGAGGAGAAAGACCUGAAUCUUAUUCACGAGGUGGUGAUGGCAGGCGUGAUGAUAGGCGCGGUGGCGGCGGCGGGGGCGGAGGUGGACGUGAUGAAUGGCCUGAAAGAGAAUGGUCGAGCAGAUCCAGAACGCGGCCAGACUACCGGGACUACCGAGGAGGUGGAGGAGGAGGUGGCAACAGGGACCGUUACAGUCCGGUUCGCUCUCAGGAAAUUUCGUCGGGGCCGCCAUUGAAAAGAAUGCGUGGUGAAUGGGACGACAGACCAUCCUCGAGAUACGCACACUCGGAUUAUUACAUGGGAGGUGGUGGAGGUGGUGAUCGCGGAAGUUCAUGGGCACCUCCUUCUGAUCAUUACAUGUCGCAUCACAGCAAUCAUCAUUACGGUAGUGGUGGUGGUGAUCGGCAUAGUAAUAACAAUAGUAAUAACAGGAGUGAAGUAGCAGGAAAUUUCAGCAAUUCAAAUAUUGAAACACAACCACCAAUGAUGACUUUCAAGGCGUUCCUUGUUACUCAGGAAGACUCGAUAACUGACGAAGAAGCGAUUAAACGUUACAAUGAGUAUAAACAGGAGUUCCGACGUCAGCAAUUGAAUGAAUUUUUCGUAGCCCACAAAGACGAGGAAUGGUUCAAGAUUAAGUACCAUCCUGAGGAAUCAAUCAAGCGUAAAGAGGAACAAAUAUCUGCUUUAAAGAAACGUGUGGAAGUAUUUUUGGAGCUACUAAACGCAGGUGAAAUUGACAAAGUGUCAAUAGAUGUCGAUCAAUCUACGCCUUUGCUGCGACUAUUAGACACGGUAGUAAUUAAAUUGGAAGGAGGAACUGAGGAGGAUUUAAAGGUUCUCGAGGAUGCACCAGCUGCUCCCACGACUCCCUUGGCACCUAAGGAGGUAAUUUCGAAAGAACCCCAGAAGGAUAAAGAAAAAGACAAAGACAAGGAAAAAGAUAAAGAUAAAGAUAAAGAAAAAGAUGAAGACGUGCCAGAAAAAAAAGACGAAGAAGAAAUUAGUGAUAAGCCAGCUGAAGAGCCAAUGGAGACAGUCACGGUAAAAGACGAUGAAAAUGAUAACGAUGAGGAAGUUAACAAGCAAGAAGAUGAAGAUAAUGAUGAUGAUGAUGAAGACGAGGAUAAGCCCACAGAGUCAAGUGCUCAGGAGGAAAAACCCGUGGCAGCUCUGAAAGAAAAGGGGAAAAAAAGCAAGAAGAGUAAAAAGUCGAAAAAAGAAGCUGCUGAUCAAGACAAAGAAAAGUCUGAUGAACAGGAUGAUUCAGCUAAAGCUGAGAAAAUAAUCGACGGUGAAGAAGAACCUGUUGAUAAUAAUAACCAAGACGAGAAUAUGGAAAUUCCUUUGGCUACCGCAGAAGUAGCUGCUAGUAAUAGCAAAAAGCGGAAACGAACUGCUAGCAAUUCCAGCAGCUCCAGUGUUGAAGACAAUGAUGCCAAUGAUAAUCGCAGCACUACCAGCAAUAAAAGUUCUGCGUCGAGUAACAGCAGCAGUAGCAGCAGCUCUUCUCAAUCUUCUCCGGAUAAUAAUAAUGAGGAAAAUGAGGAAAAUGAGGAAAACGAGAACGAGAACGAGAACGAGGUGGAGAAUGAAAAAAUGGAUACUGCUGACAAUGCCAAUGAAGAUGAAAAGCCUGAGGCUGUUGAAGAAAAAUCACAACUAUCACCCAGUGGGUCGACAGAUAAGAACAAGAUCGAUGAUAAGUCCGGUGAGGGAGGUGAGGAAGAGAGCAAAGACACGGAUAAAGAUAAGCGGGAUGACAAGGCGAGCAAAAACCAAGUUGAAGCCGUUAUUGAUCUCGUUGAAACUGGAGAGGAGGACAAGGAUGAAAAGGAUUCCGCUACAGUGAAUCCUCCUCGAGCUUUGCACAAAACUAGCAGUAUAUUUUUAAGGAACUUGGCGCCGACGAUAACCAAAGCUGAGGUCGAGGCGAUGUGCAAGCGGUUCCCAGGAUUUUUGAGGGUCGCAAUUGCGGAUCCUCAGCCCGAACGUCGUUGGUUCCGUCGCGGGUGGGUGUCUUUUGAGCGGCAAGUUAAUAUCAAAGAAAUCUGCUGGAGCUUGAAUAAUAUCAGACUGAGAGAGUGCGAGCUUGGAGCUAUUGUUAAUCGCGAUUUGUUACGCAGAAUCCGGACUGUCAAUGGAAUCACAGCUCAUAAACAAAUUGUGAGGUUUGAUAUUAAAUUGACGGCUAAAAUUAUCCAUAAUUUAGACGCUAAAAUCGGGUUGUGGGUUGACCCUAGUAAUGUGAGUUCUAACAAUAAAGACGGGGAAGAAGUUGCUGAUAAUAAUAAAGAUGCGAGUAAAAAAACUGACAAUAUUGUGAUGGAGGUGAUGCCUCUUGAGUUUGGAUUUUCGUCUAAGAAUCCGGUAUUGAAGAAUAUCACUGACUAUUUAAUUGAAGAGGCUUCAGCGGAAGAAGAAGAGCUGCUUGGGAGGGGAAAUGUUGAUGGAGGAACUGGCAGUGGUGAGCAGCAAGAAGAAGGCCAGCUGGAGGGUGCCAAUGAAAACAGCGAUGAAGGUCCGAUAGAUCGGGAUCCAGCUUUGACUAAAGUUCUCGACAGACUUAUUUUGUAUUUAAGAAUCGUACAUUCCGUUGAUUAUUACAAUCACUGCGAGUACCCCAACGAAGACGAGAUGCCUAACAGGUGUGGAAUCAUGCAUGUUCGAGGACCUCCGCCUCAGAAUUCCAAGGUCUCGUUUACGGAACUUCAGGAGUACUGUCGUAAUUUUGAGAGCAAGAUGUCGAACUUCUUGGCUCCGAGUUCUAGUUCUGCCCCGGGAAUGCCGGAUGAAGAGUUCCAGAAAUUAGGAGCCAAAAAUGCCGAAGCUGAGGUCGAGAAAUUCGUCCAGGCAAACACUCAAGAGCUGGCUAAAGACAAGUGGCUCUGUCCGUUGAGUGGCAAAAAAUUCAAGGGACCUGAUUUUAUUCGUAAACAUAUUUUCAAUAAACACGCCGAAAAGGUCACUGAGGUUAAAGCUGAGGCUGAGUACUUUAAUAAUUAUCUAAAGGACCCCAAGAGACCCAUCUUGCCGGAACAUCCUGGCAAUAAAGCUCCAGCUGCGGCUGCUAACGCUCAAGGACCCAGGGAAGGGUUGCUCAGGGAUAAUUAUCCACCUUUUGGAGGCAUGGGAGGAUUUGGUGGAUAUGGAGGCAGUAACUUCGGAAGCGGAAGAGGAAUUUUUGGAAGUUCAGGCGGCUAUGGCGGUGGUUUCGGAGGUGGAUUUGGUGGUGGAAUGUCACGACCAUCUCGCGGAGGAUUCAAUCGUGGACGCAACAGCAACAAUCCUGAUUUUCGACCGGUUAUUCACUACCGGGAUCUUGAUGCCCCAAGAGAGCCUGAUGAAUUUUUGUAA